UACGAGUCCUUGGAAAGGUCAUAAAGGAUAAUGCAGAUAUUUACAAGCGUGUGGCAGUGUUUAUUAGUGCGGGUGUAAUAAUUUAAGGCCCCAAAUAUGUAAGUUUGGUUCAAGUUAAGUGUUUUGCUGCAGUUAAUAUAGAACCAAGCGGUGUAUGAGCUGUUUCGUUAAUUCCCCACUUCGCCUUUUCCUCCUCAGCUGGUCAGUCAGUGAGUUAGCUAGCUAGCGGUUAGCCUCAGCAGCUGGCAGAUAUGGCUGCAGUUAUUCUGAGUUUCCCAACUCUGCAGAGUCUGAGGAUAUUUGCACAAAACUUGUCAUGGACAAAAAGAGGCGUGAGGCUUGUUUCAGGAGGGGUGGGAAGGAUAGAGAAGGUGCUGAUUGCCAAUCGAGGGGAGAUUGCGUGUCGUGUGAUGCGCACGGCCAAGAAGAUGGGCGUCCGCUCGGUGGCUGUGUACAGUGAUGCAGACAGAGACUCCAUGCACGUGGCCAUGGCAGAUGAAGCCUACCACAUUGGCCCUCCACCCUCCCAGCAGAGUUACCUCUCAAUGGAGAAAGUUUUUGAAGUAGCCAAGAGGUCUGGAUCACAUGCGGUCCACCCCGGUUAUGGCUUUCUGUCAGAAAACACAGAGUUUGCGGAGGCGUGUAAACAGGAAGGCAUCAUCUUCAUAGGGCCGCCUUCCUCUGCCAUCCGAGACAUGGGCAUUAAAAGCACAUCCAAAUACAUCAUGUCAGCUGCUGGGGUGCCAAUCAUUGGUGGCUACCAUGGAGAGGACCAAUCAAACGAGAGGCUGCAAGCAGAGGCUGCCCAGAUUGGAUACCCUGUGAUGAUUAAGGCAGUCCGUGGAGGAGGCGGCAAGGGGAUGCGUAUUGCACGGUCAGAGUCAGACUUCUUGGAGCAGUUGGAGUCGGCGAGACGAGAAGCCAGGAAAUCCUUCAACGAUGAUGUCAUGCUGGUUGAGAAGUUCGUAGAGGAUCCCAGACAUGUGGAGGUUCAGGUGUUUGGGGACAUGCACGGUAACGCUGUCUAUCUGUUUGAGAGGGACUGUAGCGUCCAAAGAAGACAUCAGAAGAUCAUAGAGGAAGCACCAGGGCCUGAUAUCAGUGCUGAGGUGCGGAGGAAACUUGGCGAGGCAGCCGUUAAAGCGGCCAAGGCUGUCGACUAUGUCGGAGCAGGUACGGUUGAGUUCAUAAUGGAUGCCCAGCAUAACUUCUACUUCAUGGAGAUGAACACCAGGCUGCAGGUGGAGCAUCCUGUCUCUGAGAUGAUCACUGGGACUGACCUGGUGGAGUGGCAGCUCAGGGUGGCAGCAGGGGAGCGCCUGCCUCUCCUCCAGGAUGACAUCAUUUUAAGGGGUCACUCUUUUGAGGCUCGUAUCUAUGCCGAGGACCCAAACAACGACUUCCUUCCAGGGGCGGGGCCUCUGCUGCAUCUCUCCACCCCUUCAGCAGACCAACACACGCGUAUAGAGACUGGAGUCAGGGAAGGGGACGAGGUGUCGGCACAUUAUGACCCAAUGAUCGCUAAGCUCGUGGUUUGGGGAGAAGACCGAUCUGCUGCCUUGAAGAAGCUGCGGUACUGCUUACGACAGUACAACAUCGUCGGACUGAACACUAACAUUGACUUUCUGCUGAGUCUUUCGGGCCACCCGGAGUUUGAGGCUGGAAACGUGACCACCAGUUUCAUCCCGCAGCACUACGCAGACCUGUUCCCCACUCCGGUAACUCCUUCUGGGGAAACCAUCUGCCAGGCCGCCCUGGGCCUGGUGCUGCAAGAGAGGAAACGCACGCAGGAGUUCACACACACCUCCACUGAUCCCUUCUCCCCAUUCGGCUCCGGUAGCGGCUGGAGAAACAACGUUAAGUUUAACAGAAACAUGACGCUGCAGCUGAGAGACCAAAAAGUUGAUGUGGUCGUUGUGUACAACAAAGAUUGCAGAUACUCAAUGCAGAUUGGCGAGGAGGUGUACGAUGUGACUGGAGAGCUGGAGACGGAAGGCGGAGCUUCAUUCCUUCACUGUUCUGUCAACGGCGUGAAGUCUCGUCCCAAACUGGUGAUCCUGGACAACACAGUGCACCUGUUCUCCAUGGAGGGGAGCUCCCAGGUGUCUGUUCCAGUGCCCAAGUAUCUGGCUGGUGUGAGCAGUUCUGGGGCUCAAGGUGGAGCAGUGGCCCCCAUGACGGGGACCAUAGAGAAGGUGAUGGUGAAGGCCGGAGACACGGUGGCUGUAGGAGACCCUCUGAUGGUCAUGAAUGCCAUGAAGAUGGAGCAUACGAUCCGGGCGCCCAAGUCAGGUGUGAUUAAGAGGGUUUUCUUCACCGAGGGCUCUCAGGCUAAUCGCCACGCCCCUCUGAUCGAGCUGGAAGAGGAGGAGGAGGAGGAGGAGGAGGGGGGCAGCCAGUAAACAGACUCAAACACACAACCACACCCGUGAAUACACACUGACGGGCAGGAGACGGAGCUAGUUACUGUGUACAGUUGCCUUUCACGCAUCAGAAAUGUACACUUCUUUCUUGUGAGUUUAUAUGUUUGAAUCAGUGAAUGUCUGGAAACAUCUGUUGGCAUUUUUUUUUGUUCUAAGCCCCCCCCUCUCCUCUGUGUUUCUGUUAGUGUAAGAGCUGGUUUGGGUAUUCUAUUGUUCAGUACAGCUUAAUGCACUUCCUUACUGAUGAGGUCCUCUCUACGCACACACUGUGUACCUCCUAAUCUUUACAUCGUGACUAAACUAAAACCUUAUUUGUAAGCAAAAGAUAAUAAGUAGGUGGAAUCAGUACUUGAAGAAUUAUGCCACAGUUGACUAUUGGAAUAGUAACUGAAUACUGAUUUAAAUUACCUUAAAAUAUUUACAAUAUACCGAGUGAAUACUUUCAACAUGUAAUGCUUAAUAACAGGUUGGUCUAGCAGAACCAUGUAUCUCAAAUUGUGUCAUUUUGUUAUGUUCACAUGCUGCUUUUAUAAGUGUGGAAAUCUAUUCUACCACUUCUGUUUCCUAGUCAUCAACAAAUGACACGGUUUUCACUGGAAACUGAUUUUAGCAAGAAAGAAGCUGAAUGUAAAUUAAUCUCUGGUGCAAGUACAUAUUAUGGGUUGUUGAUGUCUAGUUCUUCAACAUCCACACAUUCUGUCCUUUCUGACUCCAAAGUCUUCAUCAUUCAGCCUUGAUUAUCACUCUUUUUACUAACUGGUGUGUUAUGAGACCUUGUAGACUAAAACUGAUAAACACCUGUGUUCAAUUUGUAGAUGUGUGACAGAUGAUUUAAAAAAAAAAAAAAAAAAAAAGUAUUGGACCGGUCGGAUACUGUAAUAAAAAUUGUUUAAAGUAUGCACAGUGCCAUGUGGUUGUUGUAGGUUGCUUAGCGUAACGCUUUUAAUAAAAAAAGUCUUAUGACUAAAUGACAUGAAAUCACUUCAGACCGAAAGCAUAAAAUGUGUUCUCUGCAUAGAUUUAAGUGUGAGGAUAUCUAUCCUACUAAGAUGUAAUAUACUAUGACUUUUUCGUCACUUUAGACGCACUAUACUAUGAAUUAUUUCCUAUUUUGUUAAACUAUACUAUAUACUCUUUUCGAUAUAAUAUACCCUGACUUUUUUCGACAUACGAUACUAAAACUAUUUUAUGACU